AUGGGUGAUCCAGGCGAGCCGUUUUCGCUCGACCUGCACGGACCGGGCGCGUCCGCGCUGCGCGCCGUCGUGCGCGACAAGCUCGCCGAUUUCUCCGAGAGCUUCACCGACGACGUCCUCGCGGAGUACGUGGUGGUGCUGGUGGCGCACGGCAAGCCCAAGAGCCACGCCGCCGAGGAUCUCGAGGCGUUUCUGGGCGACCAAACCGCCGCCUUUGUCGACUGGCUGUGGCUUCACCUGUCUGCCAACAUUGGGAAAUACAACGCGCCCGCUGCCCCAGAUACCGCAGGUGCAGGGAAGGAUGGGAGAGAAGCGGUUGCAAAGGAGGAGGAGAAGCGGGCCGAGGGGACGCGAGACGAGGGACGAAGGAGGGAGGCUGUUGAAGUGAGGGAGGAUGGCGGAAGGGUGUGGGAGGAGAAGGGGAGGGAGGAGAGGGGACGAGAUGGGAGGGCGAGAGAAGAGAGGGGGAGAAAGGAGAGAGGGAGGGAAGAGAGGGGGCGAGAAGUGAGAGGCCGGAGCAGGGAGAGGAGUGGUGAGCGAGGCAGGGAGAGAGAGGGGGGGAGAGGAGUGAUCGGAGAGAGGGAGAGAGGGUGGAGCAAGGAGGGGGAGAAGGAAAGGGACGGAGACAGGAGGAGCUUGGAAGGAAGAACAGACUCGUGGAAGGGCAAGAGAGGAAGGGAUGGGGUUGUUACUGGGCGUGAGGAAGAAAGAGGGAGGGGGUAUGAGGAGAGAGGGAGAGGGUAUGAGGAGAGAGGGAGAGGGUAUGAGGAAAGAGGGAGAGGGUAUGAGGAGAAAGGGAGAGGGUAUGAGGAGAGAGGUAGAGGGUAUGAGGAGAAGGGGAGGGGAAUUGAGAAGAGAGGACGGCUUUAUAUGGACGAGGUACGAGGGGCGGAGGGCGAGGAGGAGGGGGGAGAUGAGAGGAGAACGGCGAGGGGGACGGAGAGGGGAAUUGAGAGGGAUGUGUGGGCGCGUCGGGGUGGGUCUAGAUCGUGGUCUCCUUCAAGAAAGCGGGAGGAGAGGGGAGAGGCGAGCGCGAGAAGGAUGGAGGAGGCAAGGGGUGUGGACCUGGGAAGGGGUGUGGACCUGGGAAGGGGUGUGGACCUGGGAAGGGGUGUGGACCUGGGAAGGGGUGUGGACCUGGCAAGGGGUGUGGACCUGGCAAGGGCGUUGAAAAGGCGGGCGACAGGGGAAGGGGGCGGUGAGGAGUGGGGGGAGAAGCAUGAGCGGGAGAAGCAGGGGGAGGAGGGGGGGCGGGAGAGGGUGCGCGCGGAGGGGCAUGGGGAGGAGGAGAGGGCGCGCAUGAGGCGACUGUUUGGCAGCAGCCUGGGCGAAGGGGCGCGGAGGCGGGCGACUGUGGACGGGGGGAGGGCGGAUGGGGGAAGGGCGGAUGGGGGAGCGAGAGCGUUGGUGCGGAGACGGACAGAGGGAGCAGAGGUGGCAGAGGGGGCUGAGAGGGCGGAAGGGGCCGCACUAGAGGGCAGCGAAGAGGCUGUGAGGAGGAAAGGUCGCGGGUCGUUUGAUUUGGUGGGAGUGAGUGAGAGGCGGAUAGAAGGCGAGGAGGAGAGGUGGCAGGGCGAGGAGGGGGUGGAAGUAGGAGGAGAGGAGCAAGAGGAAGGGGAAGGUGUGGAGAGAAGGGAAGGGAGGGGCUUGGAUGGGACACAGGAACGGAUGGCAGGAGGGCAGGUUGUGGGGAAAAGAGGGCGGCAAGUGGGCGGGGGAGCAAGGGGAAUGGGCGGCAGGCUGUGGCAGUUUGCGGUGAGAGAUGCUGUGAAGCCUGCGAGGGAGGUGCGUGCCCCUGCUCACGCCCAUGCUGCCACUGCUACUGCACCUCUUGCUGCUGCUGCUGCUGCUGCUGCCGCUGCAAGUGGUAAUGGUGAGCAGCAGGAGGAGGCGACAAGGGGAGUGGCAGUGAGGGCGACGAGGGAAGUAAGGCGAAUUGUCGUGUCUGCCCCCAGCCGCUCUGCCAUUCAAAGCGCUGACCUCGUUGCUCCCCCUGCUGCCUCCGAUGGUGCCUCUCCUGGUGCCGUGAAGGCUGCUGCUAGAGCAGCAAGUGAGGAGGAGCGAGUGGCAAGGGCAGAGGAGAGAAGGGAUUGGGGGAGAGGAGAGGAGAGAGGAGUGGAGAGAGAAGAGAAGAGGGAAAAGGAUAGAGGAGAGGAGAGAGAAGAGGAGGGGGGAGAAGAGGAGGGACUGGAGGAGGAGGAGGAGGAGGAGGAGGAGGAGGAGGAGGAGGAGGAGGAGGAGGAGGAGGAGGAGGAGGAGGAGGAGGAGGAGGAGGAGGAGGGGCGUGGGGCACGGAAACGGUUGCGAUCAGUGGUGGUGUCUCUUCCUGCUGAUGCCCCUCGUCGGAUCAAGGCAGUGCGAAGGCAGGAGAGGGAGGGGAGGGAGGGGAGGGAGGGGAGGGAGGGGAGGGAAGGGAGGGAGGGGAGUGGGGGAGAGGAGGCAGAGGAAAGAGCAAGAGUGGAUUCAAGAGCAGGGGGAGGGGGGAGAGGAGAGGAAGAUGCGGAGGGGAAAGAGGGGGCGGAGAAGGAGGGUGGUAGAGGUAGUGUGUGGGCGAGGCUGGGCAAACGAUGUGUGCAGAGGGGUGGAGAUGGGCGGAUAGUGGUGCAGAGGCAAGCAGAGCUUGGGGAAGAGUACGAAGAGGGGUUUGGGGGAGGGUAUGAGGAAGGGUUUAUGGGUGGGUAUGCGGGAGGGUAUAGGGGAGAGUAUGGGGAAGGAUACGGGGGGGAAUAUAUUGAGGGGUUGAGAGGAGUUGAGCAGGGUAUGUGGAGAGAGGAAGCAGGAGAGGGAGUAGAGGGGUGGGGCGAUGGGAGAGGAGGGGAGGGAGGGGGGAUGCGAGUAAGGUUUGGAGGAGAGGGGGAAGAGGACGAGGAGGAGGAUGAGGAGGAAGAGGAGGAGGGGGUUGAGGGAGUGGGAGGAGAGAUGCAAGCAGUGGGGAAGGGAGGGGUGAAGAGAGGAGGAGGAGGCAGGGAGAGAGGUGUGAGGAGGAUUUUCGUGCGGGAGGAUUUGAUUCAAAGGGGUCUGGUGAUAGUUCCUGCUUUGCAGAACCCCCAGCUGUUGCAGCAGCCUCAGCAGCAGCAGCAGGUGCAGCAGCAGAAUGAGCAGCAGGCACAGCAGCAGCAGCAAAGGCCGCAGCUGCAGCAGCGGCAGUGGCUACGGGUGCCUCCCCAGCAUCAGCAGGACGACACACAGGGGCAGCAGGCGCUAGAGAAUCAAAAGCAGCUGCAGCAGCAGGGUACAAAUUGGUCAGUGGUUGCUCCACACGAGAGUGUGGAGGCAAUGCGAGAGAGACUUCAGCAGAUGCAGGAGGAGAUGAGGCAGAUGAAGGCUGCUGCUGCUGCUGCUGCUGCUGCUGCUGGUGGUGGUGGUGGUGGUGGUGGUGGUGGUGGUGGUGGUGGUGGUGGUGGUGGUGGUGGUGGUGGUGGUGGUGGUGGUGGUGGUGGUGGUGGUGGUGGUGGUGGUGGUGGUGGUGGUGGUGGUGGUGGUGGUGGUGGUGGUGGUGGUGGUGGUGGUGGUGGUGGUGGUGGUGGUGGUGGUGGUGGUGGUGGUGGUGGUGGUGGUGGUGAUAAGGCCGCUGCUGCUAAAGCUAGUUCAGUGCACUUCGCAGCAACAGUAGCGGCGCUCACGCUCCACUUCGCAGCCUGUGGGGAGAUUCGCUGGGUCACCAUCCUCACUCAUCCCCUCACUGGCCGCCCCAGAGGGUAUUUUUUCCUACCUGCUGCUUUCAAAGUCCUCAUCAUCAUUCCCUUUCAAAGCUCCUCACACCCCCCUGCUCCCUUCUCCCCCCAUCUCCCCAUUCCCUCCUCUGACCCGCAGAUCAUGCACAAGCCCCAUGCGGCACUGGAGGCACUCGCCUCUGCUACCGCACCACCCAUCACGCCCACACGCCCCGCUCGCCCACUCCUCACACCCACCAAGCUCCCUGCCCCUGCGCUCGGCACCAGUCCCACAGCCCUUGCCUCCCCAUCUGCUCGUCCCGUGCCUGCUAAGGCCCAGGGUGUGGGUGUGAAAGCACAAGGUGCUCGCCGGCCCUCUGCCAGAGGUAGCUUGCAGUGGAAGAGACAACCUGAGGUGCCUGCUGCUCCUGCUGCUGCUGCUGCUGCUGUCGCUCCUCCUGCUGCUGGUGCUGCUCCUCCUGCUGCUGAGACUAAGUUCGAGGGCAAGGGUGGUGUGAUAGGCAAUUCAAAGGAAGCUGUGCAGAAAGCAACAGCAAAUUCUGCACCUGUGGCAGCAGCAGCUGCUGCAGGCGAAAUCGAGGGGUGA